UCCUUUGUCCUCCCAUAUUGUGGGACUCAUGCCAUCUGCUCCGUUAUUAUUAUUAUAGGCGGCUUUGGAUUUAAAGUCGCACCUCUCCUUGUGCUCCCUUUCGCUCAGAAUCGACUCCCCAAGCAAACUGCAGGCUAUUUUCUCUAAACGCUGCAACGAAGGUUCCUCCCGGGGUUUUUUUUUUUUUUUUUGCUUCCGUUUUUGUACUUUCUGGAGCGAGUACAUUUCUUUUUAUUCUUAACGUUGUGCGGUUGCCUAGUGACGUCAGUGUCCCAGUAAGAUCCCAGUCUCCCUCGUUUCCCCCACUUUAGAAGGCUGUGGAAACAAAUCGGGAUGUCUCACACUCCUGAGUGGGCUUACUGGAAACACUGCUCAAACUUUAAGCUCGGAGCCCAAAUGUAAGGAGAGUGGACCCGACGAUGUGGCGAAGAGCCGGGGAUGAAAACGUGGACUCCGGAGCUGACACAGCCGAAUGAGAGGAUUGUUGCCCACCAUGACACAAAGUGGCCCAUCAGCUCUCUGUCAUCAGCUUCCAGUCCAUCUCUAAGACAUUGUUGUGGCUUUGAUUAAUAUCUGUCAGCAGCAGAAUGUCGUCGUCUGCUAGUGAGCGCAUGAGUGGCCGGGCCGCGCAGCAGCGCCAACAACAACUCUUGCCGAUAAACCUGCAUCUGCUGUCCAACCCUGGAGAUUCUUUGCUUCUGCAGCAGACGCUGGACCGCCUGCUGCGCUGGCUGUGCCCAAGCCUCCGGAUCUUCCAUGUAUCAGAGAGGGCUUCCCCCUUCAGAGCUCACACUCACCUUCGUCCUGUGGCCGACUACCCUUCUCUGGCCAUCACCUUCUUCCUCCACGAAGCCUACGGAGAGGAGCGGAUCCUCAAAGUCCUGGACUUCUUCCAGCGCCCACCCUGGCAGUACCAUCACACCGAGAGCUGCGGCAGCCGAACCAGAGGGAUCCACAUCACUUCCAGCAGUUCCCCUUCCAACGCCCUGCUGCGGCCCUACCUCCUGCCAAGCAGAGACUUUUACAGCCUGGGCCCCUGCAUGCCUGUGUGGGGGGUGCGACCCGUGCACUGUGGAGGAGAAAUCCUGCGUAUAACACUGUACAGCAGCUAUGACAACUAUGAGGACGCUGUGAGGUUCUACGAGACGAUUCUGCAGCGACAAGCCGAGGAGCAGAAGGCUGGUUUCUGCUGGUUCACCCUCCACGCAGAGCCUGGUCUCUGCCUUCAGCUGGCUUUAAAACAGCUGUCUCCAGGGGUUGGAGUGGAAGCAUGCAGCUCUGCUGUGCUGCAGUUCAGUGUGGAAGAAGUGGGACAGCUGGUCCCCCUGUUGCCCAACCCCUGCGCCCCCAUCAGUAAUACACGCUGGCAGACUGAAGACCUGGAUGGUAACAAGGUUCUCUUUCAAGUGAAGGCUCCAGCUCAACCUCGUCGACCUCUGACCUGUGCAUUCCCUCUCACCUGCCUCAGUUUGCCACCUCAAGGAGUGCAGCUCCGGAGCGACGGAAACGGUUUCCUGCCAUGCGGCCUCACCGCUUCCCUGACGAUGCAAACUCACAGGCAAGGAAUCGGACCUCGCAGCGAGCCGGGUCUUGAGAAGCUGCUUGGAGGAUGUGGAGGAGCAGAAAGUCUGGGGUCAGGCAGCUGCUGCAGCACCCCUCCUGGAAGCUCCUGUUACUCAUCCCAACGCAGCAGCCCCGCUCAGCUCUCCACCUCCAACCACCCCGACUCUCCUCUGCGCCCCUCUGUCACCCGCUCUCUCUCCUAUCUCCUCCUGGAAGAGGAAGAAGAGGAGACCAACGUCGACACUGGAGUCGCCAUCUCUCCCCUCUCGGACACCGCCGUCGCAACCAUCACUCGGUCCUCCUCUUGUGACCUCUUGAGGACUCGUAACUCUGCGAAACCUUCAGUGGUUGGGGCUUCACCUGUGGAGCAGCGGGCCAAGGAAUUAACUAAAUGUUUGCUACAGACUCAUAUUAACCAUCAGGCGCCCUCUGGUGGCUGUAAAGGUGCAGCAGAGGAGAGCAAGACCACUGCAAGGGGACAAAGGACUUCACAGAAGCUGUUGGCAGAGAACAGCACAUCGACAGAACUGUUGUCCGCAUACAUAAACCAUGAGGAGCCAGUCGAUGAGUUCUUUAUCUGAUUUCCCGUCACAUAAUCUGUCCACAGGUCACAGUGGUGCAACCUGAUAAAUGAGGGCCUGUUCUGGAGAACAAAUCGCAGCAAAGUACCUCAGCAGGCGACCCGCUUCGCCCAGAGGUGUCUGAACCCUUUAAGUGGCUUUACUGGUCUUACUGGUUCAUGUUUUACAACAAUGACACUCUCCAGAGACACAGCAACUUUGAGAUUAUGUUAGCAGAAAAGUGCUGACUGUUAAGCUUUUACAAAGUACUUUACAAUAAUAUUCACCUUAAAGUUUUUCUCAAUUUCUAAUGUUGCUAUCAUGAACACCAAUGCAUUUUAUUUGGAUUUCAACUGAUAGACCAGUAUAAAGUAGAGGAUUAUUGGGAAAUUGAAGACAAAUUAUGUUUGUUUUACAAUUUUUUUUUUGUCAUAAAUAAAAAAAAGCAUCAGCUCUAACCAGCAUCCCUUUUACUGCUGAAUGGAAGAAGUCCCACAGCAUGACGCUGCCACCACUGUUUAAAUAUAAGAGUGCUGUGCAAGCUUUCCUCCACUGUUUUGCAUGUGACCUUCUUCCACAUGUUCGCUCGGUCUUCUUAUAACUUGUCAAAAAAAAAAAAUCUUUUGUCUUCCCGCUCUUCCUGUAUGGGUUUGCAGGUGUGCCAUAUUCUUUCCAUUUUCAGAUGUUAAUUUCUGUUAGGAAUUACUGGGACAUCAUUACUAAAGGAAGAAAACUUUGUGCCUGCAGCUAAUAUGAUGAUGCAGCCUUACUUAUAAAGAGUCAUGGAAAUUAAACAGCAAUGGUUGUGAGUCCAUAUGACAACAGUCAGGUAUGAUUGAUAAAGCCAAUUUAUACCUCAAUAAAAUUAUACGUAUAUAGAAUAAAAGUAGUUUUUAACUCUGAUAGAAUUACUGGGACAUCAUUACUAAAAGAAAGAAAACAUACAACACUCUUCAGUGUGGAGGCUGUUAUGAAAAGAAGACUCAGUGAUGAGUAUUUAAUUUGACAGAGGAAGUAUAAAAUGUGUAAUAAGUUGUUUAAAAAGAAACCAUUUUCUAUGGAAAUAUGUUUGUUUAAUAUGUAUGUUUAAUGCUAAUUCAAACACUUUUUUUGUCUUGAGCUCAACUUUUCCAGGUACAAAGAGGAGCCUUCUCCUUUAAGACACAGAGCAAGUGUUGUAAACGAUAAGCCACUGGUUACAGGAUAAACUCUGACCACAGUCGCCUUUGUAUUCCUAAUAUGAAUAAAUAAUGAUGCAGGAAAACUAGAAAGAAAUAUUUUGUUUUUAAAGAGAAAUCUAAAUCAACAGGGGAAAGCUUUCUUGCUUCUUCAAUGUGAAGUACUUUGAAGUCUUCUGGACUAAAUGCUGUACAAGUAGAUGUCAUUUACAAAAAACAGAAACUGACUGCAAGGGCCUGAUUAGUGCAUCUCUAGUCUUAACAACUCUGUAAAUGCUAUUUUUUUAUAAUUUUUUGUUUGGGUUGUCACAGAAAAAAACACAGGGUUCCCACAGCUCAAGUGGAAUAUGAAACAUGAGAGGUAUCUAUGUGGAUUUCUCAGAUGUCUGCUAUUUUUGCCAACUGUUUAAUUUUUUUACUGAAAAAGCAAGUUGAGACACUCCUUUCAGGCAGUGCUAAAAAGUUCAUAUAGGACAGCUAUACAUUUAACAAUGCAACCUUUAUUUAAAUGGAAUUGUCUAUAACUUAACACAUUUACAAAUGUUUCAAAGUCUGAAAAUAACGUUUUUUUUCAGUAAGUAUAAAACAAAAUGUUAAAGUCUCUAGAUAUUUCAAAAUAACACACACUGGAACUGUUAUUACAAACGUGUCUAGUUUUGUUUUAAGCUCACAGAGUUUUAAUAGUUCAUCUAGAGAAUGUCAUCAGGUAUAUUUACAUAUCUGAGAGCUCUGUUGUUUAAAGAACAUGUAUCUUUUAACACAAUGUUGGACAGAGCCGUUUAUUGAAAGCACCACCCCAGCUUACUGCCCUGUAAUACAGCAGCUUGUCAGAGAUGAUCGGUAGCUUUGUGAUCAGGUUGUCAGGUUUGGUUAAUUUACAAACUGAUUAUUUAAAGCAGAAUGUACUACAACAAAACAUUUGAUCUUCUUAAUGUAUCUUAACUCAUUAACUCGGGUUAUAAUAAUAAUGGAAUUAUUCCAUUAUAAUAAUUCUAUAAUAUUCAUGCCUGCCACAUAUCACAUAUGUAUAAAUAAAACAUAACCACUUCACUAUGCCCUCUCUUAUUGCACACAGGCCUAUCACAUGAAAAGAAUUAAAUCCACCAAGUGUCUACUCUUAUAUGUCUGUUGGUUUAAAAAA